AUGAAAACGUGGCUUGUGACAGUGCCUCCUCACUUGAACCCUAAUUCAGUAGAUGCAUGGAUUUGGGAAGGGAGUAGUAGUGGUGGCUACUCAGUUCGUGAGGGAUAUGAUUGGCUCAGCAAUAAGCAUCGGACUUUAAUCCUAGGAGAUGAUUGGCGGUGGGUUUGGAAACUUCCUGUGCCUGGAAAAAUUAGAGUAGUUGUCUGGUCCUGUCACCACAAUGCUCUCCCGCUCGAUGCAAAUAGAUUUAGAUUCCAUAUAGCGACUUCAGCUGCAUGUACCCGGUGCUCGGCUAAUUUGGAAGAUAGCAUUCAUGCCCUGAGAGAGUGUCCUCACUCUCGCGAACUUUGGGAUGUCAAGACCUGGAUCCUUUACCAUGCUCGAAGCAACCAUGCCUUGAAGUUCCUUGUUGGGUUGUGGAAUGUCUGGAAGUGGAGAUGCAAUAUGUGCUUGGACCCCCAACCGUGGAAUCUUGAUUGUGCGUGGAGGAAGCUCUGUCAUGAAUAUGAUGAAAUCUCUAGUGUUCAUCAAUCUGAUGGUGUUGAUGAUGCAAGCCCAGGGAUGAGCAUUGUUUGGAGACCACCCCAUCAGGAUCUUGUCAAACUAAAUGUUGACGACAGUUACUGUGAGGAUGCCAAUGUUAUGGGUGCUGGAGGUUUGAUAAGAGAUCACAAAGAUUGCAGAAACCUUAUUAAUGCAAUCCAAAACAGGUCCCAGGGUCUUGCUCAAGAUCAGGUGCUGCUGGUUAAUGAGAUUCAUUCUCUGUUGCAUCUUCAGUGGCAGGUUCUUCUUAGUUGGGUACUGCGGGAGAUGAAUUCAGCCGCUGACUGGCUAGCCAAGGCUAGCUGCCAUGAUCAAGCCUUGGGUUUUACUAUGGUGAACUUACCAGACCCCGAGCUCCAAGUUAUUAUCCUGAAAGAUGCUCUAGGCAUCCCAUAG